AUGUUUUACAACUCUUCGGGGAAGAUCGACAACGGCUAUUACCUCACCCUUCAUCGUAUUCGCACGAAAACUCCGAUAUCAAUGAGUGGCAAUAGAAACGUGGUGCUUCUGCAACACGGCCUUCUCGACUCCGCUCACACUUGGAUCAAUAACCUGGCCAACGAGAGUUUGGGAUUCAUUCUUGCCGACGCGGGUUUCGAUGUGUGGUUGGGGAAUAGUCGAGGUAGCACCUACUCCCAAAAGCAUGCAUACCCGCAUACCAGUAACGACAAAUUCUGGACGUUUUCCUGGGACGAAAUGGCUAUGUAUGACCUUCCCGCAUCCAUUGAAUUCAUCAUCAACGAAACGAAGGUUGACAAGAUUUUCUACGUGGGACAUUUCCAGGGUGCGAAAAUUGCGUUCGCGCAGGUGAACAGUGACUCGAGACUUCGUGGCCGUGUGUCUACGCUGGCAGCGCUCGCUCCAGUCGCAGGCUAUGACACGCGUAAUAUGGAUUCGUAUAUUUAUCUGACUCAACUGCCAAUUUAUAUUGCGCAUGCGCCGGUGGGAACCUCGGUUCAAAAUAUGGUUCACUAUUGCCAGGCGAUGUGGCAAGGCUGCUUCCAGACCUUCGAUUUUGGGGCUGCAGAGAACAUGGUGAAGUACAAUCGGACGACCCCACCACCCUAUGGGUUGGAUGCAGUGGGGUUGCCAGUGACUGUAUACUGGAGUGGGCAAGAUUGGCUGGCGCCGCCACGAGACAUUAGUCGCAUCUUGACCGAGCUUUCUCGGGGCCGGGACGCUCAAAUGCGCGACGUCUACUUGCCGGACUACAACCACCUCGACUUCGUUUGGGGCGUAGAUGCUGCCUCAUACAUCUACCGCGACAUCAUUCACUUCUUCCGACAGCAUCAGUAG